CGGCUUCGAUCAAGGGUUCCUCGGGGCAUAAUUUCCCAGCUCGUUCGUCAUAUCAAGAUCGUUGCUUAGCGAAGGAUUCUCCCCGGCCAUCUACAUCAUGUCUGCAAAGGCUAUGCCGGAGAAGGAGGAUAAUAUCCUGAAACAAGCAUUGGAUGCGAGGAAGAAUCAGAAGAAGAGGAACCAGGGUACCGGAGCUGGAGAGAACUCAGGCUCGGCAGGCUCCCCUCACAAGAUUCAUGUCGACGAGAGGUUACCCAAGAGACCUCGUGCUUCCGAGGGGGGACGUCCGGAUCAGUCGAACCUGGGUCCCGGGCGCGCCUUCGUGUUGCCUUCUUGCUACAAGGAUGGAGGCUAUUUUGAGAAGUUCCCCUUGGCUACCUCACCGGAUGAAGCUCGUCGGAUCAGUGAUAUGGAUCCCCCGUCUCUUCAGAAACAGUUGGCGUGCGACAGUGCCGCCGUGGUGAGGGUCUUGGAGAUGGCCCAAGUGUUGGCUAGUGGAGGUUCGGGCUCGACCGAGGCCCUGAAGGAGGCCGAGGCGGCUAAGAAGGUGGCCGAGGACAAGGUGAAGACCAUGGAGGUCGAGCGCAAGGAGUUGAGGAAGAAGGUCGAUGCGGCCCUGAAGCAGAAAGAUGCGGAGGUCGCGGCUGAGAAGAAAAAGCUGGCUGACCUUCGACUCGAAUGGGCUCCCUCGGCUGACGAGUCGCCGGAUGUGGCAGCUCUGAAGUCCAGGGCUGAGUUUGCGGAGAAGAUAGAAAGCCUGAAGAUAAGCCUGGCCGACAUGGCCGACGUCGGUUUCGAGCGUGCUCUUAACCAGCUGAGGCUUCUGAACCCUGGUUUGAAGGAGGAUAAUGUCGGGCUCUCUUCGAGGAUCGUAGAUGGCGUGUUGGUGCCUGAGUCCCCGGGGAGUGAAGAGUAG